GAAUUUUGCUCGAAGUGCGGUAUCGAUUUUUUUUUUUAUUGAAUUUUUCAUAUUUUUCAUAACUGAAGAAAGGACAUUAACUUGUGAAUAAUACUUUAAUACGGGAGACAUGAGACCAAUUCUACCUGGCAAUAAAUUUCCGUUACCUUAUUCAACAAGAUGUUUUGUUUUUGGCGGGCAAAGGUGGUCAUCGAGUAAAGUAUCUUCUACUCAAGCUAAUCAAACUAUAUCGAACAAGCAGUUAUUAUACACCACGGAUCCUUUAACUCCAGGUUCAAUAUUCUUUUUACCGCAUGGAACUCGUAUUUUUAAUAAGCUUAUACACUUUAUGAAAAACCAACAACAGAAGUAUGGUUUCCAAGAAGUUAUAACCCCUCUUAUAUAUAAGACUAAGUUAUGGGAAAUGUCUGGUCAUUGGGAGAAUUAUAAAGAUGAUAUGUUCAAAGUUGUUGGUCAUGAUUUAAGUAAAGAAGAAGAAAUCCAUGAACAUAGUCACGAGCAUAAUGAUAAUAGCGAAGGUUUACAUGAUUAUGCUUUAAAGCCUAUGAAUUGUCCUGGCCAUUGUUUAAUUUUUUCCAAAUUUGAUAGAUCUUAUAAAGAAUUACCAGUUAGGUUUUCUGACUUUUCUUCUUUGCAUCGUAACGAGGCUAGUGGUGCGCUUUCUGGCUUGACAAGAGUACGUAGGUUCCAUCAAGAUGACGGUCACAUUUUUUGUGAAGCCCAUCAAAUUAAUGAAGAGAUCACCAAUACUUUAAACUUGAUUAAGGAUACCUAUAAAGUGUUUGGAAUAGGUGAGAAUGACAUUGAAUUUUUCCUUUCUACAAGACCAGAAGAUAAGUUUAUAGGUGAUGUAAAAGACUGGGAUCACGCAGAAUCAGAAUUAACUGCAGUUCUUGAUAAAACUGCAGGGAAUGAUAAGUGGUCAAUAAGAGAAGGUGAUGGUGCAUUUUACGGUCCAAAAAUUGAUAUUUUGUUGAAAGAUGCUUUCAAUAAGAAACAUCAAGUUGGUACAAUCCAAUUAGAUUUCCAAUUGCCUCAAAGAUUUGAUCUUUCUUAUAAGUCUCAAAGUGGUAACAAUGAUAAACGUCCAAUUAUGGUCCAUAGGGCUGUCUUUGGAUCCUUAGAAAGGUUUUUCGCUAUAUUAUUAGAUCAUUAUCAAGGUAAGUGGCCAUUCUGGUUGAAUCCAAGACAGGCCGUCAUCAUUCCUGUUAAUGAAUCACAUCAAGAAGCAGCUAAAGCCCUUCAAAAACAAUUACAGGGUGAUAUAAUGAGUGAACAGAAUGAAGUUUCUCCAAUGACCGGAUACAAUUUUUACGUGGAUGUUGAUGAUAGAUGGGAAUCCAUUGGGAGUAGAACGAGAGACGCUAUUUCAAAAGGUUACUCAUAUAUUUUAACCAUUGGUGAUAAGGACAUAUCAUCUCAAACUGUUGCCAUAAGAUCAAGAGAUGACAGAAAAAUCACCAGCAUGAGUGCAGAAGAAAUUUACCAAAAAUUCAUUGAUUUAGAACGUAACUAUCUCUAAUCAAUUUGUAUAUAUAAAUCUAAUCAUU